ACCAACAAGGAAAUGUCUAUUCUGAAAUGAAUAAUGCUAUGAGAUUAAGAAUUUUAAACUUAUUUUUUUAUACUUCUCUGGUGACAUGAUCACCACACGAUUUAUUGUUAGGUUCUUUCUGGGUGUUUCAUUGAUAGGCUUUCUAUCAAUGUUUAUUUUCGGAUAUAAGAUUUUAUCCCAAAACAAUUUGGAGAGAUCAUACACUGACUUUUAUGUUGUGGAUUAUGAAGUUGAUCACAGACAACUAGAUGAGGAGCUUAAAGCAGAAAUCAAACCUGAAGAAAUUAUUAAUGUCACUGAACCGAUCAUCUUGUGGUGGACGCCGUUCACCUUUGAGAAGGGGAAAUACAAGACAUGUGGUGAUGUAAAGUGUUUCUUCACCAAUAACAGAGAGUAUCGGACACACCCUAUGAUGAAGGUGUUCAUGUUUUAUGGCUCAGAUUUCACGGCCUGGGACCUACCACUGCCCCGCUUGCCACACCAUGAGUGGAGUCUCCUCCAUGAAGAAUCUCCUAAAAAUAACAUGUUGUUCUCCUUCCCAGAAGUCAUGAAGUUAUUCAACCAUACAAGCACAUUUCGACGUGAGUCCGAUUACCCCAUCAGCACACAGUUUGUGUACAACCUUGAGUGGUUGGAAAAUGACAAGUACCUGGUGCCCACGAGUAUGAAGAACAAGUACCAAGACGAGUUAUCUCCCCUCAUAUACACCCACAGCGAUUGUGACCCACCAUCAGAUCGAGACCACUACACCAAACUGCUGAUGAAUUAUAUCAACAUUGACUCAUAUGGCUCAUGUCUUCAUAAUAAAGACUUGCCAAAACAUUUACAGAAUCCUUUAGAAGCCAUGGGCCAUCCUGAUUUUUACAAGAUAAUAGCCAAGUAUAAGUUUGCACUGGCAAUGGAAAAUGGACGCUGUAAUGACUACAUAACAGAAAAAAUAUGGCGACCCCUUAUGGCAGGAGCUGUACCAGUCAUACUAGGAGCACAAACAAUUAAGGAUUUUUUGCCGUCCAAUCAUUCUGCAAUACACAUCGACGAUUUUAAAACUGUUCAGGAUCUUGCUACAUACCUGCAUUACCUGAACAAUAAUGAUGUAGAGUAUGAGAAAUACCUCACAUGGAAGAAAACAGGUGUCACAAACAACUAUUUAAAAACAGUGUUACGAGAGAGAGAGUGGGCAGUAGACAGCGUGGAGAACCCUUACAGCACAGUGCCUAACUUCAUUGAGGGCUUCGAGUGUUUUGUCUGCAGGAGAAUUCAUGAAAAUAUGAAACACAAAGGUGCACUAAAAUACCAAGCAACAGUAGAGCAUUAUGGCUGUCCCAAACCUGUGAAGUUUGAUGACCACGGUAGACCUGAUUCUAAUAAAUCUUUAGAGCAUGACUUUGAAUGGGAUUAUUUCCAGAAAGUGGCAACAGCUUUGAGAUAUUUUCAUGAUAAAAAUAUUGUAUUUACAAGAAAAGAGUUAUCCAAUAAGGCUGGUAUUUCCCCUAUAUUUUAAUGGAUUUGUUCAUCAUAUACUGUAGCACUUGCUUUUCUCAGGAAUGUUUAAAGAUAAUCUUGGUCUUCAAGAGGUUGUGUCAUUUGAUUUAUAUGCAUAUUUAAAUUUAAAGAAUGUCCCAAAUAUUUACCAGUUUCAAAAUUAUGGUCUUGAAAAUAAGACAGGAAUUUUAAAAUUCAGAAUGGAAUGAAACUUUAUAUGACUGUUGAAAACAUGACCCAACUACCAUCUCUAGUCUAGAGUUUCUGCCACUGAACAUACCAUUCAGCAGAAGUUAAGGGACAUAGGCUGGAGAUAGGUGUCAUCAAAAAUGGGAAAUAAAUAACAAGGAGAAACGUUUUUACUCUCUCUCUCUCGUGUGAGUGUGCAUCAAAAUUGUUCAUGCAUGAAUCAAACAGUUUAGUGGAGAGUAUGAAUAAAUACUGGUACAAUGAAUUUAAUCAAAUGAUAAA